AUGCACAUGACGAAGUUCACUCACGUGCGAGAGUGGCCGUUACUCGAGUCUGCGCUUUUCGUGCUUAUGUCAUAUGCUGCGUUUCUCAUCGCCGAAGUCUGCGAACUUACAGGAGUGGUGGCCGUGCUGUUCUGCGGUAUAUGUCAAGCGCAUUACACAUACAACAACUUGUCAUCGGACUCCCGCAACCGAACAAAGCAGCUUUUCGAACUCCUCAACUUUUUAGCAGAAAACUUCAUAUUCACAUACAUAGGUGUCUCCAUGUUCACCUUCCCGAAACAUCACUUUGAUCCAUGGUUCAUUAUUGCUGGUUUUGUAACGUCUACUUUAGGACGUGCAGUCAACAUUUAUCCAUUAUCGUUCCUCCUCAAUCUAGGACGCAAGCCGCCUAUACCAAUGAAUUUCCAGCACAUGCUGUUUUUCUCAGGUUUACGAGGUGCUAUGUCAUUUGCCUUGGCUAUCCGUAACACGGUGUCUGAAGCGCGACAAGCUAUGUUGACGACUACUUCGAUGAUCGUCAUAGCAACGGUAGUGCUACAAGGUGGAGCUGCUACCCACGCACUUGCCUAUUUCCGUAUUCCUACCGGGCAAACUGGUAACGAUGAGAAUGACGCUUUACCAUAUCGGGAUGUCAGAAGCCUCUACCAGGCCACGGACUACAGCCAACCGAGAGGCCGCAUGAUAGUUAAGUGGGCUAAAGGAGCAAAAGAAGUGGUUAUGCCUUGGGAACUAAACGGUAUCGAAGAUACCCCGCGAGACCGUGGUGACGGAGGCAACGGUCAAAAGGCUCGUCUGGCGAGGUUAUGGGGCGCGGUAGAUUCCAAGCUGCUAAAGCCACUAUUGACUCAUGCACGGCCGCCCCUUACGGAGACUAUGCCGGCAUUCAUGAGCCCCAUUGCAAGAGUGCUGACUACGACGCAUCAGUAUACACAAGCUGAUAACACACUCAGGCGAACAGACUCCGAUUCAGACCUGUGCAUCGAUGAAGCACAACCAGUUCCUACAAAUAUUGAUCCACAGCUGUCAAUUACUGUUCGGAAUGGAUAUGGGCAUGUUUGA